UAAUAAACAGAUGCAAAUCCGAAAAUGGUCCAUUAAACUGAUGGCCCUUUAGUCGACAUACAGGCCCAUUAGCAUAUCAGAAAAGAAAUUCAUCUUGGACGAAGAAACGGAACAGAGAGAUCGUUUUGAAAUGUAAAUUUAAUACUCCGGCCACAAUUUUCCCCGUGAAUUCUCUAGUGAGAGAGAGAGAGAGGUCUAACAAGAGAAAGUUUCCAACUUUACCCUUUUUUUUUUUGUUGUGCAUCUGAUUUAGAGAUCGAUGAGUUGUUAAGAAGAAAGAAAGAAAGAAAGAAAGAAAGAAAGAAGGAAGGAAGGAAGGAAGGAAGGAAGGAAGGAAGAUGGGUAAAGAGAUACAGCCCAGGUGGUGCCUUCUUCUCCUUGUUUCCGUCACGAUCUUCCUCUUCUUUUUUGCCCUCUCCCACAACCAUAAAGAGGAGGAGGAGAAGCAAGCCCUUGAGGAUUACCAAGUUACACACAGAGUAUUUCUCGAUAUUGAUAUCGAGGGCCAGCGCUUAGGCAGGAUAAUUAUUGGGUUAUACGGCACUCUUGUACCCAAAACUGUAGAAAAUUUCAGGGCUUUAUGCACAGGAGAGAAAGGAAAAGCUUCAAGCGGAAAGCCUCUACAUUAUAAAGGAAAACAAUUUCACCGUAUAGUAUCUGGAUUCGUAAUCCAAGGAGGAGACAUCAUCCAUGGUGAUGGCAAAGGGAGUGAGUCCAUCUAUGGUGGUACCUUUCCUGACGAAAAUUUCAAAGUAAAGCAUUCACAUGCAGGUGUUGUAGCGAUGGCUAACACAGGACCUGAUUCUAAUGGCUCACAGUUCUUUAUCACUACUGUCAAGGCUACCUGGUUGGAAGGGGAACAUGUUGUGUUUGGGAAGGUGAUACAAGGGAUGGACUAUGUGUUCGCCAUUGAAGGUGGAGCUGGUACUUACAGUGGCAAACCAAGGAAGAAAGUUGUGAUUGCUGAUUCCGGAGAGAUCCCUAAAGACAAGUGGGAUAGAGAAAUAUGAGACUUAAGACAACCUCAGAGUUACACAUCUCAGCAAACCUGGCUCUGUUCCUGUGAGAUCCUCUCUCUCAUUUUAUUUAUAGUCUUGCAGAUGUGAUGAUCUGAAUUCCGAACACUAUGCCAAUGUAGUUCACAAACGUUGCAAUGAGCAGUAACGCACGAUCAAUAGUUUGGUCGUGGAUCAAAGAGUUUAGCUAGCAUCUUUAUAGCAGCACUAUAGAUGAAUGAUAGAUUCUUUAAUGCUAAAUAAGGAGAGAAUAGGUUCUUCACUGCUUCGUGUGAGUUUUCCUUCCAACAUUUAUACUUCAUCCUC